GUGACUCCAGUGAACGAUUAAAAAGUGCCAAAGUGAUUCAUAAAGUCUAAUUGUGACUCCUCCAAAGCCACUGAAAUAUUUCAGGGGUAGUUUUUGUACAAGUGAAAGUGUGACGUCACGUGUGGAGCGAUAAUUUCGUGUAAACAACAGUUCCUAACCUAGUGCAAAAUCAUCUCCAGGUGCUUGUUGGUAAUGAACAUUCAUGGCAAAUGAUUUUUGGUGAUCAAGUGGAAUCGGGUGGUGAACAUUUUGGUGGAUCAUUGAACUCGUGGGCUGUUUUUUUUUUUUAUCCAGAACACUCACCAAAAUGGUACCUUAUCUCCAUUAUCUUUGGAGACAUUCAAGUUCAAACAUUGUCACGAGCCAGUGAUAAUCUCGAUUAUUUUUUGGGUGAAGUGAAUCGGAGGAAGGGAUGACCUGGGAGGGCCUCAAGCCCUGACGUCAACGAUUAUUGAGGAAAAUAUAUUUAUGGAGAAGGGAGAAUGGAUUCUAGGGGGAUUGAGAUAAUCGUGAGGAUGAGAAGAUAAUACCUCAGGCAUUUCAUUUGAGAUUAAUUUUGUAGUGGAGUAAAAUAAGACUGGACAUUUAACUCGUGAUAAUUUUCAGAUAAUCUCUUGUUAUUUUUGAGAUACUCCUUUGGAAAAUUUGCGACAAUUUUGAGUGGAAAAUGUCAGGACAUCAUUUAGUGAAUUUCAUAUCCAAUUUCAUCGCUGUUGAGAUGAAAUAGCCAAGAUAAUUCGCCACAGAAUAUUUUUGGACAUAAUCACAGAAUCUUCCAAAUAAUUAGGAGAAAUAAUUAUCAUCGUAGAUAAUCUAUCGUCCACUUCCGCAGCCGGAGGAUUCAUGUGCUCCAGGAGAUAACGACAUAGUUCUCGUGAUAAUCACCGUCGAUAUAUACUUUCCAAAAGAUUGUUGAAACAUUUUUGUGCCAUUAUUUGUUUGGAUAAUCAUCUUGAGAUAAUUUUUUUUUUCGAUAAUUUAUCGAUUGUUGAUGAAAAAAUGCCUCAAUGUGCAGUAGCAACAUGUAGAAAUAGUCACCGACGUACUCGUGGCCGUCGUAUCCGUUACCAUCGAUUCCCCCAGAUACCGGAAGUACGUGCUAGAUGGGUACGCGCCUGCGGACGUCCACCCCUGUCUAAUGGCGAUGUACCAUUUAACAUACAGACAGCGCGUAUAUGCUCUUUACAUUUUACGAAUGAUUCGUACGAGAAAGACAUGGAGCAUCUUGUUCUUGGACUUCCGGUGCGCAGCAGACUGCGCAGAGGUGCUGUACCAACAAUUGGUGUGCCCGUUAAUGUGCAGCCGGUGACGAAGAUGCUUGUUGAGGACGCCAAGAGGUCAAUUCUCAAGGUCGCACAUGGUAAAUAUGGUAAAGAGGGAAAAUACGGGGACGAGAGAAUUCACGAUGCCAACGAGGGAAUGAGAUACUACAAAAAAUUUGACGAUGAUGAUGGACCUAUUUGUCAGCAGAAAAUGUCCCCUGAACAGCAGAAAAUGGCGGGCAUUGAUGUGCUGCUUGCUCUCGGGCUCAAACCAGCAUCACGUUUAAAUAAAAUGCACGCAAUGGACUGUGCAACAUCGAGUCCAUCGAGUGGUAAGCCUGAAAAACGUGAAGACGAGUCGAGAAGUUCUCCAAAAGUACCUCAAAAUCGUCAGAAUGGUGCUGCCCUACCAGAAGAGACAGCAACCCCUACAGUAGUGAAGAAGGAGAAUCAAUCGGAUGACGAGGCAACCGACAUCAGGAAGAAGACGAGGAGUAAAGAACGCAAGAGAAAAUCAACGGAGGAUCCAUUCUCAAACGGUAAUCCUAAGAGGAUAUGUUUCGAGCAGCGAGAGAGAUUCAUCGACUCUUUGGUUGGUUGCGACAGGAUUAGCGCUGAGGAACUAGCCACUAGAGCUGAUGAACUACGUGCUGAGGUCCAAGCUCUGGAUGAGUUGGCUCGUGCAAAAGAGAUGGAGUGGAACGAGAUUCUCUCCAUGAGGAAAUUGAAGGAAGAGGCCUACCUGCGAGUCGAACGAAAGCGUCAAGUGAUGGGCUUCCUGGAGAAUACCAACGGCCAAAUAACUGAGAGCAUUCCCCCAGCCUCUCUCUCCCUGACCCCAGACUGGGAGGCCCCAGUGCCACCCCAGGAAGCCCCAGCUCCGACUGAGUCCUCCAAGGCCUCUCCGCCCCCUCAGGAGCCCCCGGUUCCGACAAAAAAAUCACCAGAUCCCCAGGUACAUCCCCAAAAAUCUCAAAAUCGACAGCUGACUGUUUCCCAAGUGUCAGCAAAGCCACCCCAGGAGCCAAAACAUCAGAAGAGAAUUCUCGACGUUCAGUUAGACACCAGACAGAUUGGCGAGGGCAGACAGGGGCCACUUCUCGAUGUCAGAUCAGUUAUUGCUGAGCAUAGACUUCGUCAUCCUGAGACUGUACCCAGAAGGGGCAGGAGAAUGAGGAAUUCCGUGAACAUUGGACUUGCAGCUGGUGGUGGAUUUGUCGAGACCAUUCACGAUUCCAGGCCAUCCAGCACAGAUUCAUGCAAGUCUGGAUCAAAUCCUGAUGUUAAUUACAAAGAUAUUCAUCUUCAAUUUGCCAAAUUUGCGAGACAACAGUCAGAAACAACUGGAACAAGUGGUAAAAAUUCACAAAAUUAUCCAGACGUUACGUUACAUCCUGUGGCAGCUGGACCAGUUGCUACACCUGGGGGACAAAGUGGAAGUUUACUGCAUGGUAUUUUGACCAAGAGCCACAGCCCAAGGCCCACUACCUUCUCACCGACACUUGCCAAACUACUCACAGCCCCUGAGAGGGAGAGGGGACAGGUGCAGGUUGCUCAGAUGGUUCAGGGAUUCCAGGGAAACAGUGGAGUGUCAAUCAGCGAUCUUCUCAAUUCUUCUAAGGCAAGACGGGAAAUCACAAUAACUCCAGUGGGGAAUACUCCAAUACAAUCUUCUCAUUCUAACAAUGUUGUUCAUGUGGAGGAUGUGGAAGAGGAUAACUCAUUGAUAGAAGAGAGAGACUCGAGACGAACCUCGUCUAGGGAGAAUCGAGAAGAUAGGGACACACCACCGAGGUGUCAAGGGUGCCAAGAGCGUGCUGCACAAUUCGUGUGCGCUGGCUGUGGAAACCAGUGGUACUGCAGUCGAGAGUGUCAGGUUUCUGCUUGGGAUGAACACUCGGAGGUGUGUUCUGGCUAACAUUAAAUGACUUCUCAAUGACGUUUUAAAUUCCCAAAAUCAAUGGAGAUAAUGCAGCUCAGAAACGUCUAUUGAAUAAUCUAGUCAAGAAUAAAAAAUGAGAGAAGUCGAUCACCCAAAACAAAUCAUAAUAAAAUUUCUAAAAAUAGUUUUUCACUCGACACUUACACAAUUAUAUUUUUUACGUAAUUGUCUGUGAAAAUUGAGGCUAAGGACCACGAGAACAUUGAACAAAUGUGAAAAUUUCAAGACUUGACGCGACCAGGGAGCAUUGUGAGGAAAUAUUUGGAAUAAUUUCACAAAAUGAGAAUGCCAAAAUUUCGUUAUAGAGAUUCGUUAAAUUUCCUCACUCAAGACCACGUAUUUUAUUAUGUCUUUAUGUUAUUAUUCAUGAAUUCAAUUCAUUGUACUUUUUUUCGUUUUUAAUUUGUCUCCAUAGCACUUUGAGUGUAGUGAGAUCAAUUCGUAGGAUUUUUUAUACCAAAAAAAAUAAUUAAAAUGUUUUUAUAAACUUGAGCAAUUGAUGAGUUUCUGCGAAUUUUGAUUCAAUUAAUGUUAUAACGGUUAAUGAACACAUAAUGGGAUUUUUGAUGGUUUCAAACGUGAAAUGAAACGAGAUCUACAAAUCUGUAAGAUUGAAGGACAAAGGUAAAUAAAGUUUUUAAAAUAUAAAAA